AUGGAUCUCAACUGCGGUGUCUGGGAAGGCAUUUGGAUGGGGUCACCUCCGAAAAAAGCUCUAUUCCUCAUCCUCAUCUUUCUUAUAUUAAUUAGCUACAGUUUCUACACCAGUAAAAAGCUCAAAGCGUUCACCACUGUUAAGAAUAUUCCUGCCAAGGAAGUCCCUCCUAACCCUAUGUACCCUUACCUCAUAGAAGAAGACCAGAAAUGUGCAAGUGGUCCUCCAUUCCUGCUGCUGCUUAUCCCUUCCAUACCUCAAGAGAAUCUAAAUAGAGAUACCUUAAGGAAGACAUGGGCAAAUGAGACCUUGGUCAAUGGUGUUAAUACAACAAGACUUUUUCUCUUAGGGAGAUCAUCUAGUCAGGAAAUUCAGGAGAAGGUCAUGUUGGAGAGCUCCAACUUCCAUGACAUAAUACAGCAAGACUUUAUAGACUCCUACAACAAUCUCACCCUCAAGACAUUGAUGGGCAUUGAAUGGGUCAGUCGCUUAUGCCCAAAUGUGAGCUACGUUAUGAAAAUCGACUCUGACAUGUUCCUAAACCCUUGGUUUUUGAUGGAUAAGGUCUUGCUGCCUUCCAGUCCUGUCAACGUGAAUUUUUAUACUGGGCUGGUGGUAGACAGCGCUUCGCCCCAGAGAGACAAAAGCAGCAAGUGGUAUAUGCCAUUGUCACAGUACUCCAAAGACGUCUAUCCAUCAUAUUGCUCUGGCACUAGCUACAUCUUCUCCGGAGACCUGGCAGGAAGGAUAUACAAGAAAGCCCAUGACAUCAACAUAUUCCCAUUUGAGGAUGUUUUUGUAGGAAUGUGCCUUCAAAGUAUCGGAAUUCAAAUCUCCAAACCAGCAGGCAAUUGGUUCUUAGGAGAAAAAAUGAAGUAUGACAGGUGCCAGUUUGCCAGUCUGGUCACAGUGCACCAUUUUACACCACAAGAGUUGCUGGAACUUUGGCCUGAUUUCACCAGCCCCCUGGAGACUUGCAACAAGCAGGGAGCCUAA